AUGGCAACUGUAGAUGAUGUGAUUGAAUUUAAUAUUAAAAGCAAUGUAGUAUCAAGUGAAGCUAUUCGACGUUUUAAACGAUCGAUUCAUAUAGGAGAAUUAAAAAAUCAACUAGAAUUAAUAACAGGUGCACAAAGUCAAUCAAUGAAAAUUCAUGUUCAUGAUGAACGUGGUACAAAAUUAUUCGAUCUUGAUGAUGAUGCACGUGUAUUAGAUUCUUAUAAUGUUCACUCAAAAAUGAUUUUGCAAGUUGAAGAAACAAAUUUAAAACAAGCAAAUAUGUUUGAGGAUACGACUGACGUACCAAAAUAUGAACUGACACCGGAAGAAUAUGCAGCAAGAAAAAACACAGCAAAACAAUUUCUUUUAGAGCAUAAAAUUGGCAAAUAUAAUCCAGCAGCACAAGAAGAACAUGCUCGAAAAGAAAAAGAAAAAGAACAACAUGAACAAGAAUCGGCAAAUAAAAUUCAUGUUAAUGAUCGAUGUGAAGUGAUGGUUCCAUCACAACCAACAAAAAGAGGAACUGUUAUGUAUAAAGGUGACGUUCAUUUUAAACCAGGCGUAUGGAUUGGUAUUCGAUAUGAUGAACCAUUAGGCAAGAAUAAUGGCUCCGUUGAAGGAAAGAAAUAUUUUGAAUGUGUUGAUAAAUAUGGAGCCUUUGUUCGACCAAGCGCAGUUACUGUCGGCGAUUUUCCUGAAGUUGAUUUAGAAGAAUUAUAA